AUGGAGGUUGAGCAUAUCACCAAGGUUAUCACGGAAGAGGUGGAUACGCAGGUAACCGUCAUUUCUGAGAACGGCACUGUUACCACUGCAAAGGAGGACUCACAGACAACGUUGGUGGCACUAUCUUUGGAGAACACCUUCACUCCCGAAGGAAGCAUUGUGGACGAUGUGGAGGAUCAGGAGGAAACUAGGCGACAGAUGGAGCGCGAGGAAAGUUUGCUCAGCGGUCAAGAUUCGGACACAGUGAUCGAUCGCAAAGAACCAAAGCGCACCAGGAGGAAGCGGGAAUCGCGUUCAUCCACUCCUGUCCGAUCGACCCGUAGAACCACCCGCAGUCAGGCUGCCCAGGUUGAACAGGAUGUCCAAGUCGAGCAGGAUGCCAAUCCUAAUGAGAGUACUGCCUCGCAUCUACCAGCUACAUCUAAUGACGCUACUCAGGAUCCGGAAGACGCUUCAGAGGAGGAAGCGCCAGCAUCGACAGUAGAGUCAUCAGUAACACUUGCUGCAGGAGACGAACAGUUGGAGUCAGUGAAAUCCAAAGGCGGCAAGAAAAAAAGAAAGAGCAAGAAGAAAAAGACACCCGUCACUGGGGAAGUUGAGGAGCUCGAACAAGAGCUGGUUGAAUCGGGCGAGCGCAUUGCCGAAAAGAUCCAACAAUCACAGGAGCUUAUCGACGCAUCCGAGGACUUGCUGGAGCAAUCCAAUCAGUUGGAUGAGGCCACGGUCGAGGCAUUGGAAGACUCAAAGGGGCCAUUCUCGGAUGCACCUGAAAGUGGGGAGGAUGAGGAUGAGGAUUCUAGAGCAAUUGGCGAGGAAGACGAUCAGACAUUCCACUCGACAACUCAAUUCGAGCCAACGGAGAAUGAGAACGAUGAGAGUGAGGAGCAGCAAGAUCAGAGCAUCGAUUACGAGGAAACAAAGUACUAUCCACCGGAAGAUGAGGAAGAAGAGGAGAGCGCGGAUACUGUCAGAUACUAUCCGCCAGAGCCACCAAGUAUCGAGGGGAACGAGGACAGUGUCCAGGGGAGCAUCGGUGAGGACGAGACCGACGAGCGAACACAGAAGGACGAACGCGAGGAAAUUCCAGUGGAAGAUCUGCAGGCCGCCUACUAUAUCGACUCGGCCGACGACCGGGAAAAGAGUCCAUCGCCCCCUGCUGCCGAAUACGUUCCAGAGAGCCGUCUGUUUGACUUUAUGGAGAUCGAGUUUUCGCCAAUGCAGAGUCGGUCGCCGAGUGCUGCCCCUGAGAUUGCGACGCCGUCAUCAAAGGAGCAUUUUGUGGAUUGCCCACCCAUCAUGACACCCAAGGCGGAAAGAACUAAACACACAACGCCGUUGCAAUGGGAUCAGGACAUGCACCCAACCUACAACAUCACUGUUUUGGCAGCGUUUUUCGAAGAGCACAGAGGCCAGCUGCUCACUCCACACGAGGCCGAGUACUGUCAUCGACUGAUCGACGAUUCUGUCAUGCCCUAUCGCAAGGAUAGAUGGCACAAUGGCGAGGAUGGUGUCUCUUUCCGGGACCCCGUAAGUACCCCUGUCAAGUCCGUAAUCGCAGACGCUUUUGCCUCAGAUCCUAUUGCUGUUGGUCCUUCGACCUCCACUACCAAAGCAAACCAACACUCUGCUCCAUUCGCGAUCAAACGACGACCCUCCGGUGACUUGUAUCGUGACAGAAAGGAGCCGACACCACGAACUCAGCCCAUAUCAAGUGAAGAAUACCUCGAAAUCAAAAAGUACGAGGGUGUCGAGUGGGAAGAUCUGCCCAAGCAUGUUAAGAUCAAGCGCUUCUUGGAGUGGAAGGGUACAGAGUCGCCAGAAGUCGUCAAGCGGAGGCGGAUCGAAACGAGACGUCUCCAGAAGGAAAGGAAUGCUGAGAUUUGGGAUAAGGACAAAAAGCAAGACAUCUCGUUGGCGAUGCCGAUGACAGAGAAGGUCCCAUCUAUAAAGCGCACUGUUUCGGCGUCAGGGAUGUUGUCAGAUGACGAUGAGGAGCACUCGACCUACAAAACAGCGGCGGCGGUAGCUAAGGCCCCAUCUCCUGUCAGCACUAUUUCCUCAGCAGUCCCGGCGGCAACAUCUGCGACCGUCGAAAGCACAGUUGCCGCAAAGGAAAGUACCCCCAAGCCCUCGUCUUCUGUCGCCCAAAAGCUGCUGCAGAUUGUUGGAAAGAGUACCGAGCCCGAGGAUGGUGUUGUAAACGAAAUUAAGGCGUCAUCGGCGACCUUUCCAGCGCCGUCCAUUGCACUCGCUUCAUCUACACCCGCGAAGCCUCCAAUGUCAUCUGGCGCCAGCUCAUCUGCAGUGUCCUCCUACUCUGCCAGCCUACCCUCGCAAGCAGCUCAACCGGUUUCAUUCCCAAAGUCGGCGACCCAGACUACUGCUGCUCUUACUACGUCUACGUCAGCCUUCAGCUUUGCGACCCCCGCCAAACCUACAUCCGAGGCAGCUCCCAGUAUCGUUUCCACAGCCCCUGCGCCUGGCAUUGAUAGCACAUUCAAACCAUUAUUAUUCGGCGCAGCAGCAGCGGGAGCCUCGACGGCCCUCGGAUCCGCUGCCGUAUUUUCAUUCUCUACCCCAAAGACCGACGGAGCCGAGUCAUCGAAGCCAACACCGCCUAGUUUCUCAUUCUCAGCGCCCAAGGCGGAUGCUGCAAGCCCAUCAAAGUCAGCGCCCAAGGCCGACGUAGAAGGGUCGCUAAAGUCUGGACCAUCCGGUUUCUUCUUUGGAGCACCCAAGGUUGACGCUACAGAGCCAUCAAAACCAUCCCUGCCUAGUUUUUCAUUCGCGGUGCCCAAGACCGACGCAUUCGAGCCACCAAAAUCAGCACCACCUGCUUUCACCUUUUCAACGCCUAAAUCUGAUGUGACACUCCCAUCCAAGUCAGCAUCCCCCUCUUUCAACUUUGGUGCGCAUAUCACGCCAUCCUCAACACCCACAGCUACCGCACCAUCAUUCGGUGCCAUGCAUGGCUCGCCCUCAUCACCCACCGCCGACAAGGAUGGCUCCAAAGCAAGUUCCGCACCCUUCAAAUCCGCGGCCCCAGGAUUUGGAUCGACCCCAGUGAGUCAAUCUUUCCCUAAACCCCCGGCAUUCGGCAGUGGUUUUGUAUUCGGGCAGACAUCAGCAACAACCCCGACAUUCGGCUUUGGCGCGACGUCCGCAUCGAGUUCUGAUUCACCUCAAAGGUCAUCUGGACAGACAUUCGGCUUUGGUAUCCCCGCUGGGUUGAGCUCAGUUGCAUCUCAGGCACCUGCGGCAAAGCCGACGUUCGGAUUUGGUAUCCCUACUGCGUCAGGCGCAGGCGCGUCUGAGAAACCAGCUAUAAAGUCGACAUUUAACUUUGGCGUGCCAUCAGAAUCGAGAUCUGGAUUCGGUCCAACGCAGGUCUCUUCCUCCUUUGGUCAAUCUGUCAAGACAAGUCCCUCUGCGAGCGCCUUCACUGCUGCGUCGAUAAGCUCUUCUUCUGCAUUUGGAGCCUCGAGUAAUGACAAAGCUGAGGGAAUGGCGACAGUCUCUAGUCCGGCAAUCGUUGUCCUGAGCGACGGUGAAGAUGAUGAAGACGACAGGAGCAGGAGCAAUGAUGACAGGGAGGCUGAAGAUGAUGAACAGGAGCCAUACUCAGAGGGGGAUAGUCCAUCUGGGGAUGAUCAUUUUGAAGAUAACCAGUCCGGGGAGGAAUACAUCUAUGGCGAGAAUGGCGAGGAGAUCACCAUCAACGAUGGUGUUGACUACGAAGAUGAAGACGCAUAUGACGAGUAUGAUCAAGAAGAUGAAGAGGAGCGCGAUGGAGGAGAUAGUGGUCAUCGGAACGAAGAGGCAGACGAGAGUCUUGAGUCCGCCAGAUCGCCGGAAGAUCUGGAUACCAGUAGUGGCAGGGGCUCAAGUCAGCCCGAAGCUGCUGAGUCUUCACAAUCGACCUCGUUCAGAAGUUUCAGGCCUACGAGCGGAUUCACUUUUGGACAAAUAUCAGAAACCAAGCCUACUCAGUCGUCUUCAUUUGUUUCCUCUGGACCGGUUAUAACGUCUUCUCAACAGACGCUCAAAUCGCCUGGGUUUGCCAUUGAUUCCUCACGCCAGCUAUUCUCGGGUUCCUCUUCGUUUACCCAGUCAACAUCGACGACAUUACCAUCAUCCAGCGCGGCCUUUGGGGCGAACGCAUUCGGAUCUUCAUCGCCUUCAUUUGGCUUUGACGCCAUAACUGAUACUCCUUCUUUUUCAGCUUUCUCGAGACUGCAAGAGCCGAGAGCCAGCAUCUCUGAGUUUGAGGUAGCGCCGAUCAUCAUGGAGGAGGAGGGAUUCUACACCGAGGAAGGCACGAUCUCUCCGCUGGGAAGCCCUGUUCUGUCUCCAGCUGGCUCUCCUUGA